CCUAAAAAAAUUGCAGUCACUCUCGUCUCUCUUCACACAUCCCCGCCGCCAAGCAAGCCUCUCACCACCGUUCUCUCCCAGCUUCGCAAUCCUUCUCCAGUUCCUGACCCAAUCCCUCUCUUGCCCUCAAGUUCCGACGGCCGGCAAAUUAAAUAAGGCGAGCUCUUAUCACAUAUCAUUGAAAGUAUUUAAAACGAUAGGCACCUUUUAUUUAAUUGGUUGAAGCAGAUAAUUUUUUCUAUCCAUAUUUUCCGUGAAUCAUUGUGUUCUGUGGUGCAAAACAAUGAAGUUGGUUGGACUUAUAAAAGCAAUUUGUGUCCACCCCUCCGUUCGUGAAAUAAUGGGGCCUUUGCAGAUCCGGACAUUUCAGCAUGAUUUUGUUCCAAGAGACCCCAAGGCUAAGCCUAAAAAGUACAAAUAUCCACAAUUUUAUGAUCCAUAUGGCCCAAGACCUCCACCCUCUGGUAAGAUUGUUGAACUGGCAGAGCGAAUUGCAGCCUUACCACCAGAAGAGCGCAGACAAAUCGGCCCUACUCUUACUGAGAGGCUAAGGCACCCCAAAAUGCAAACCAUUGCAGAUGAAGGAAUGGAGUUGGGUUCCCAGGGUAGAGUGGGUACGGGUGCAGUAGCUGCAAAGGUAGAGGAGAAGAAAGAGAAAACGGCAUUUGAUGUGAAGUUGGAGAAGUUUGAUGCUGCUGCAAAAAUCAAGGUUAUCAAGGAAGUGAGGGCUUUUACUAAUCUGGGUUUGAAAGAGGCCAAGGACCUUGUUGAGAAGGCACCCGUUAUACUCAAGCAGGGGGUCACCAAGGAGGAAGCAAAUGAUAUAAUGGACAAGAUUAAGGCAGCUGGAGGAGUUGCUGUCAUGGAGUGAGCGAACAGCUGCUUUAUUUUUCCUUUCCUUUCCUAACUUUUUCACCUGCGUAGCAGGCCGUUAUUGGAUAAUGUUGGGAAAACACUUUUACAUGAUAUGAGGUGGAAAUGGUCUUUCAA